GCUUAUAAAGUGUUUUUGACAGACAGAAUGGAACAGUGAAGAAUAAUUUUGGGAUCUAUGUGACUAAAAAUUUAUGAAAGGUAAAAAAUCGAAGAACGUGUUAGAUGAUUUCAAAUCAUGUAAAUAUAUUCCUUGGUACACGUGAACCAAUCCUAUGACCCCAACUAUAAUUUGAUGCAGUCGUUUUUGUAUCUGACAAAAUAGGGAUAUGCUCUGGGUUGCUUGUGCAACCGAAUAAAAACCCCUAUUUGAACAUAUCCGUACUCAAAGCGGCAGAAGGUUUUACAAUUAUUUGUUUACAACCAUCCUAUCACCCUUCAAGAGCAAUGUCAACACCACAAUACACCUCACCAUCCUUGGUCAGAUUGUUAAUCAUUUUAAGUGAAUUCGAAGAUACGAAGCUGCUUCAGAAAAACCUUAUCGAGUAUUACUGCAGUCUCAUCACCAAAAGGAUAAAAACACUCUCAAUCACCUCAAAACUGGUGCAACAAGUGUACGACUUGCUGUAUGUAUUUGAGAAAUACGGAAAAGGUGGAAACGAGAUUACACAACUGGUGGUGCACUAUAAAAUUUUGGAAGUGCGUGCACUCGUUCUCGACCUGAUAUGUGAUGAUUAUUGCAGCGAAGCGGCUGGUGAGGAGGUGGUGGAUGGUAAACAUGUUGGGUUCAUUAGCAGUAGAAUAUUGCGGGUGCCUGACAGCUGGAUAAUUGACAUUGUGAGCGAUCUUAGGGAUACGUAUGACUUAGACAAUCCGCAUGCUGCAUCGCAGCAGCUCUUGAACCUGUUUAUACUCGCCUUUUUCAGUGACUGUAAAGACGUGUUUGUUGGAAAAAAGAUGUUUAAAUCGAUGGGAAAUCAGCUUGUUCUUAAUCUUGCCUAUUUUUGUGAACGUAUGGACAGAUAUGUGAACAUGGACUGGAAUGUUCUUGAUGUGUUCUAUGAACACAUUGAAGACGGACUGAGGAUUGAUAAGGAGAAAAUCAUCCGCUUUUUACGCGAGAAGUGUAGCCAUAUCCCAUGAUAGCACAUCGUAAUGCGGCGUGGAUAUAUGAUGAAGUAUUUGCAAUAUGAAUGUGUAAAUGAGGAGCAUCUCAUAAUUUGUACUAUUUCUCAUAUUGUAGAGGUGUAUAAAUGCAUGUGCUUCAAAAAAUUAAAAGUCUAAUUUUGCGAUCUCUAACGCAAUUUAUUAAAGCGAGCAGCAACGAAAACACUUUGAUAUCG